CUGGUGCAAUCGGGGAGCCGCCCGGCAGGUUUUUCCUCUCACCCAGCCGCCGUGCUCUCCCCGCCUUGCGGGGCUGGACCUCCUCCGGGUACCCCAGCCCUGCCGGCCGGGCCGGGCCAAGCGCAGUGAGCCGAGGCCGGCGCCACGCGAGGACCAUGAGAAGCAUCGUGGGCUACCAGAGCUCCGAGGUGGACUGGUGUGAGAGCAACUUCCUGCACUCGCCCGUGGUGGCCGAGUUCUACAACACGUUCAGCAAUGUGACCUUCCUGAUCUUCGGGCCGCUCAUGGCCUUCCUGAUGCGCUCCUACGUCCACAAGCGCUCCCGUUACAUCUACAGCGUCCUGAUGCUCUUCGUGCUCACAGGCCUCUUCUCCAUGUAUUUCCACGCGACGCUCAGCUUCCUGGGCCAGCUGCUGGACGAGGUGGCCAUCCUGUGGAUGCUGUCCAGCUGCUACAGCAUCUGGAUGCCUCGCUGCUACUUUCCCAGCUUCCUGAGGGGCAGCAGGUUUCAGUUCACCCGCAUGAUGCUCUGGGGCACCACGAUCGUGACCUUCCUGUCGGUGGUGAGGCCCAUCCUCAAUGCCUACGCGCUCAACAGCAUCGCCAUCCAUGUCCUCUACAUCGUGUGCUCGGAGUACAGGAAGACCACCAACAGGCAGCUCCGCCACAUCAUCCACGUGUCGACGAUUCUGUGGGCCAGCGCGGUCAUCAGCUGGGUCAGCGACCGUUUGUUCUGCAGCUUCUGGCAGAGGAUUCAUUUCUUCUAUCUGCACAGCAUCUGGCACGUAAUCAUCAGCAUCACGUUCCCUUAUGGCUUCGUCACUAUGGCCUUGGUGGAUGCCACGUACGAGAUGCCAGGUGAGACCCUCAAGGUCCGCUACUGGCCGCGGGACUCUUGGCCUGUGGGACUGCCCUACAUUGAAAUACAGGCCGAUGACAAGAACUGCUGAGGACCGCUGGUGCCAUCACAGUCACCCGCUGUGGAUUCCUCCGGGUCUUGAGGUGGAGGCCCGCGCCAGCCCUGCACCAGAGGGACACUCUGGGUCCUUCUCUUCUCCCCUGCCUCCCGCUAAGUCCUCCCCCCACCCUUCCCGCAGCCAGGGGACAGUGUCCUGCUGUCCCUGUGGUGGUCUGGUGCCCCUGCCUCGGCUCCCUCCACGACCUGCCUGUGUCCGUCCCUUCCCCAUGGCCACUGUCACAUGGGCUGGUGUGGGGCUGGAGCCCCGGGGACCAGGGGACCUGAAUGAUGUGGCUCCGCUUUAGAUCUGGAAUGUCACCAAGAACAGACAUGACAUUGGACCCCUUCCCCUGCACCCGCACAGACACACAGAGACCUCACAGACCCCCAGGCAGGUACCCCAGAUGCCAGGAGAAGUCAUCGCUGGUGGGCAUCUGAGGACAGGGAGGGACACCCCGGACUGCUCGGGCCCCGUGGACCACGGGGACCCCCAGGGGCGAGGGUGACCAGUGUCUGUCCCACACCGUGGGAAGCAGAGGGCACAUCUGGGAAUGGGGGUUAGCAUCGGGGCUUGGAGCCAGACAGACCUGAGCGCGGCUCCCUCCAUGGUCAUGGCCGGCUCUAAGGUUUGAUUUUCCCUACCUCCGCAGCUCGAGCCUUGUUUGUAAAUAAUAUUCCCUCUCGCAUGGGGUUUCUGCGUGAAUAAAGGGAGUUGGUUGUGUAAA